CAUCCCGCCUGGGGGAUGCCCCCACUCCCAGCGCCCGGCUCCCAAACCCCUGGGCCGCGGUGAAAUCCCGCUGGGGGUGACCGAGCGGGGCCCGGUGGCCGUUCCCACGCGGGGCCGCGGCCGUGCCGGGCCCGGUUGGAUGUGGGGAGGCACCGGUGCGGCCGGGAAGGAGGCGUUUCCCGGCCCCACGCUGGCUCCGGGCCAGGCUCCCAAAUGAGACGCCUUGCACCACGGAGCUCCCACUCACACCUCCCCGGUAUAAAACCCCGGCCCGCCGCAGCCCGCGCACACCUGGGACAGCCCGUGCUGCAGGUAAGUGACGGCCCGAGCCUCGGCACGGGGGGCUCCGCGCCCCCGGCCCCUCCGCUCCCACGCUCGGCUCUGCCACGACUUGCGAGGACGCCGGGGACGUGUCCCGGCAGCUCCAGCCGCGGAGCUCCCAUCCCGGGGCUCCUUCCUCGCCCUCCGCUCGGGGAUGAGGAGGAGUCCGGGCGCCGGAGGAGAGGAGGCUCCCCCCGAGCCGAGAGCUGAGCUUGGCUUCCUUCCCCCGCCAGCUCCCCCGGACCCCGCGGCAGAGGAGAGACCCCCGGAGAGACCCCCGGAGAGACCCCCGGAGCUGCCCCCGAGGAGCCGCCAGCAGCAGGAUGGGCCAGUGCAACUGCCGCAAGAAGCGCAAGGACUGCCAGGAGCUCACGGACGUGGAGCGGGCCAUCGAGACCGUCAUCAGCCAGUUCCACUGCUACGCCGUGAAGGGGCAGAAGGAGUACCUGACCCCCAACGAGAUGCAGGAGCUGGUGGUGCAGAAGCUGCCGCACCUGGGCAAGUGCGUGGGACCCCUGGAAGAGAAGAUCGAAUGCAUGGGAGACCCUAACGAGGCCAAGCUGGAGUUCGGAGAGUACUGGGACAUGAUGGGGGAUGCGGCCAAGGGCUGCCGGAGGAAGUAGAGGGUGGUGGGGGU